AUGAGCUUGCUUACGUGCCCAAAUGAGAUUUUGGAAGAGAUUCUCUCUUACCUGUACAACGAGCAACGGAAAAUCUACACAUGGGACAAUCUUGUGCAAAGUGACACCCCAAAUCGAUUCGGCUCUGCCAAUGAAAUCGCAGAAUCUACAGAACAAAUUGAGCCGAGACCCGGGAUUAAAUAUCUAAGAAUGAUAAAAGACCGUAACCAAGCCAGCUUUUACGAUUUGAGACUUCUUUGUCGGAGAUUUGAGGCCGUCGCUACAGCCUUUGCGUUUUCGACGGUAUAUAUAUGCGGAAGUUUGGAGCAUACCCAGCUGAUUACCCGAAAGCUCGUGGGAACCGAGCGAGAUCCUUUCGCUCGGUAUACCAGACAUGUCGUUAUUUCGCCAAUGUCGCUGCUUCCUAAGGAUUGCUCAUUUCCUAAAAGCCGAUGCCGUCUAUUCAAUGAAGCGCCAAAAGAGGAAUCUGAAACGCAAAGAAUAUUCAACGUUGAGAACAGCUCUCGAUGGGUUAAAAUAUUUAUCAAUGAAAUCACAUCUCUAUUUUCGAAUCUACCUGGUUUGGUCACGGAACUUACAAUUCGGACACUCGAGCCAACAAGGGAGACGGAAGACAAUGUAGGGGAUGUCAAUGAGCUAUUCUUAAAAGCCUUUUCGCUCGCCACGCGAUCAUUUCCCGCCACCCAACUACGAAAGUUGCAUAUACAUGCUCAAAACGCCGACAGUGCAGCAUAUUUGUGGCGGGGAUUUGAAACGAUCAAAGAUGUAGUCUCUUACGCUGGGCCUAGCACAUACACGUGCUCGCAACGUCCCUAUUUGGAGAAGAUAAAGGAGGUAAACGUUCGGGGCAAAUCCGUUUCCGGCCGGAAUAUGAAACACAUAACGGAAUGGCUCCCCGAGACUAUGGAACAUCUUUCGAUAAAGUCACCAUACUCCUAUGGCGCAGCCUAUCCUCCCGAAUUCCAACUAUCAAAUCCGCAGAACCUCAAGUCGCUCGUUCUCGAAGGGAUAGAGAAGUUUGACGAAUCAGUAGUGUUUUUCCUACUAACACUAGAGACUUGCUCAAAAUUACAUAUCUAUGGGUGUGACAUCACCAACAUGCACAGUUGGGCUGGAGACAUUACUCCCAUAGAUCUCCGUUGGGGUCAUGUUUUCACAGCAUUUGCUGAGCUCCCGCGUCUUGUUGAUUUUCAGGCUGGAAAUUUAUCUUACAGUACUGUCCGCCAGACGUACAAAUACCUCGACCUCGAAAGAAUAUGGUUCUUCACAGAUUAUAGAGAUGAUUUUGAAGCAUUCAGCGCCUUCAGGACUACUCUUAUCGAAAGGCGUAGGCACCUUGGGUUACCACAGCAUACAUGGCUAUCUAAAACUAGCAUAUAUGAAGACGACUCUCGGUCAUUAAAGGCCUAUGGCUUAAUAGCUGCAAUAAUCGCGGAUGUUUUCCAGCAUCGGCGCUUAGUAAUUCGAACGAAACAGGAUCGCAGGCGCGAUAGAACCGUAUUCGGUGAAAUCAAGGACAAUAUAGUUGGAAAAAUAGAGAUUAAAAACGGGAAGGUGGUGUAUUCGUUGUCAGGGUCCUGGACUACUGAAAGGCAGAGAGGCCGUAAUCCUGAUCUCUUGAAUACUGAGCCUGGUUGGGAGUAUGGUGACCACACAUGGGAGGAUAUUUAG